CUGUUUCCUGUUUCCUGUUUCCGUUCAGAGCGGCACCGCGUGUUUCAAGACGCUCGCGUGUUUUAUCUCCGUUAACACCGCAGACUCGCUCACGGAGUGAUAUAUUAACGCGUGUGAAGCCGCUGCUCUUCAUCAGAGAGUCACAGAUCCGCUGUAUUGAGGAUCAGCUGCAGGGCUUCAGGAUGGUGGUCUUCACGUGUGGCGCCUGCGGUGAGUCUCUGAAGAAAGCUCGAGUGGAGAAACACGUGCUGAAGUGCCGCGCCUGUCAGGUUCUGUCCUGCAUCGACUGCAGCAAAGACUUCUGGGGUGAUGAUUACAAGAACCACAACAAGUGCAUCAGUGAAGACCAGAAGUACGGCGGUAAAGACUUCCAGGCGAAGGUGAAUAAGGGUGAUGUGAAGCAGCAGCAGUGGAUUCAGAGGAUCCAGCAGGCCAUGGAGCAGCCCGACGUUGAUCCCAGCGUGUGGAAGGUCCUGCAGAUGGUCAGCACUCAUGAUAACGUGCCGCGCAAGAGAGCCAAGUUUGAGAACUGGAUGAAGAACUGUCUGAAGAUCUACACCCCGUUUUUACUGGAGAAGGUCUGGGAGAUUUGCUCAACCGACAGCAACAGCAACCAUCAGACGGCGAAUGAACGCAAGAACGACGGCGCUGAGACGAAGGAAAACAAGAGAGAUGAGCGGAAAAAUAAGAAGAGCAAGAGAAAGACUUCAGAGGAGCAGAACGGAGAGAAAACAGACGAGAAGCAGAGGAGAAAAAAGAGGAAACGAGAGGAGAAUGGACAGAACGCUGAUGAAAAGAGCAGCAAAAAACAGAAGAAAAGAAAACAGGAGGAGUCUGGCGAGAGUCUGAAUCCGGAGGGGGAGGAGCCAGAGAACCAGGAGUCUGAAUCCAACUCUACAGGGAAGUUUAACUGGAAAGGGACGAUAAAGGCGCUUCUGAGAGACGCUCCGGAGGACGGCCUCGCUGUCAAGAAACUCCGCAAGAAGGUUUUAGCGGCGUAUCACUCGUUCACUGGAGACUCAAACUUCAGAUCGGAAGAGGAGCUUCUGUCUCUGUUCAACAGAAAGAUCAACAACAACCCCAAGUUUAAGAUCCUCAAAGACAGAGUCAGACUGCUGAAAUGACGGACGCUGUUCAUCAUCAUCAUCAUCAUCAUCAUCUCUAGCUGUAAUAAAUGCUGCGAGUGAACCUGUC